GCCAGGGUAGGUGUAGCCCAUGAAAUUGAGCGACUUCUUCCAAUAUUGAAAUAAGCAAAUACUUCAUUCUUCUAGUAAGGUGACUACUGUAUCAAGUUAAACGACACUGGGAGAUAAAAAUGGAGAUAAGUGAUGUAAGUAGAGUCAUUAGCAGUGAACGAAUACGCAGUUUCAAUGGUUUGACAAACAAUACCAUGGAAGUUUUCCCCAAGUCUUCCCAUCACGUCCAAGAUGAUGAAGAAGCGCUCAAAUGGGCUGCUGUGGAGAGAUUGCCUACGUAUUUACGUGUAAGGAGAGGUAUACUUAAUGAAAAAUUGGUUGAUAUAAAUGGGAUUGGAUUAGUAGAGAGAAGGGAUCUGUUGGAAAGGCUCGUGAAAAUUGCAGAGCAAGAUAAUGAGAAAUUCUUGUCGAAGCUCAGGGAUCGCAUUGAGCGAGUUGGACUUGAUAUGCCAACCAUUGAAGUCAGGUUCGAGCAUUUAAAUGUUGAAGCACAAGCUUAUAUUGGCAGCAGAGCAUUGCCUACAAUCUUCAACUUUUCCAUUAAUUUGUUAGAGGGAUUCUUGCAUCGUCUCCACAUACUUCCGAGCAGAAAGAAACCAUUACCAAUCCUUCGUGAUGUUAGUGGAAUCAUCAAGGCCCGAAGAAUGGCCCUACUUUUAGGCCCGCCAAGCUCAGGCAAGACCACGUUACUAUUGGCUUUGGCUGGAAAACUGGGUAAAGAUCUCAAAUUUUUAGGAAGAGUUACGUACAAUGGACAUGGAAUGGAAGAGUUUGUGCCGCAGAGAACAGCAGCUUAUAUAAGUCAAUAUGAUCUUCAUAUACCAGAAAUGACUGUAAGAGAAACUCUGGCUUUCUCUGCAAGAUGUCAGGGGGUUGGACCUCGUUAUGAAAUGCUAGCAGAAUUAUCAAGAAGGGAAAAGGCCGCGAAUAUCAAACCAGACCCUGAUAUUGACGUCUACAUGAAGGCAGCAGCUCUAGAAGGGCAAGAGACCAAUAUAGUCACAGAUUAUUUUAUUAAGAUUUUAGGACUUGAAGUAUGCGCUGAUACCAUGGUGGGCGAUGAAAUGAUACGAGGCAUCUCUGGCGGACAAAAGAAGCGACUCACAACUGGAGAGAUGCUGGUUGGACCAGCAGGAGCACUUUUCAUGGAUGAAAUAUCAACUGGCUUGGACAGUUCAACAACUUUUCAAAUUGUUAACUCACUCAGGCAAUUAAUCCACAUUCUCAGCGGAACUGCGCUUGUCUCUCUUCUCCAGCCAGCACCAGAAACAUAUGAUCUUUUUGAUGAUAUAAUUCUCCUAUCUGAUGGACAAAUCGUGUAUCAAGGUCCACGCGAAAAUGUGCUUGAGUUUUUUGAAUACAUGGGAUUCAAAUGUCCUGAGAGGAAGGGAGUUGCUGACUUCUUACAAGAAGUAACGUCAAUGAAAGACCAAGAGCAGUACUGGGUACAUAAAGAUUUGCCUUACAGCUAUGUUUCUGUGAAGGAAUUUGCUGAAGCAUUUCAAUCAUUUCACGUUGGGAGAAAACUUGGUGAUGAACUUGCUACACCAUUUGACAAGUCCAGUUGCCAUCCUGCUGCUCUAACAACUAAGAAGUACGGUAUCAACAAGAAGGAGCUCCUGAAAGCAUGCUUUUCAAGAGAACUUCUGCUCAUGAAGAGGAACUCAUUUGUCUACAUUUUCAAAAUUACCCAACUUAUUAUUAUGGCUCUUUUAUCAAGUACAGUAUUUCUGAGAUCGGAAUUGCACCGUGACACAUUAACAGAUGGAGGAAUUUAUCUUGGUGCUCUUUUCUUGACUGUUGUUACCAUAAUGUUCAAUGGGUUCACAGAGCUUGCACUGACCAUCAUUAAACUUCCUGUCUUCUACAAGCAAAGAGAUCUUCUAUUUUACCCUUCAUGGGCAUAUGCUCUACCCACAUGGAUUCUCAAAAUUCCAGUCACCUUUGUCGAAGUUGCUAUAUGGGUGAUCAUAACUUACUACGUUAUAGGCUUUGAUCAAAACAUUGAAAGGUUUUUCAAGCAGUACUUGAUACUACUAUUUACAAACCAGAUGGCGUCAGGUCUAUUUCGUUUGAUGGCAGCAUUAGGAAGAAAUAUAAUCGUUGCUAACACUUUUGGAUCGUUUGCAUUACUUGCAAUACUGGUUUUGGGUGGAUUCAUCUUAUCACGAGAUGACGUGAAGAAGUGGUGGUUAUGGGGUUACUGGGUCUCACCUUUGACAUAUGUGCAAAAUGCUAUAUCCGUGAAUGAAUUUCUUGGGAAGACUUGGAGACAUGUUCCUCCCCACUCUACAGAGCCACUAGGAGUUGGUCUCUUGAAGUCUCAUGCAAUUUUCCCUGAAGCAUAUUGGUAUUGGAUUGGAGUAGGAGCUCUAAUUGGAUACAUUUUUCUAUUCAAUUUCCUUUACACUUUAGCCCUAAAAAAUCUUGAUCCAUUUGGGAAGCCUCAGGCAACACUGUCAAAAGAGGCCUUAGCUGAGCAAAAUGCUAAUAGAACUGGAGAGUUUAAUAAAUCAUCAACAAGUGGAAAGAGCUCUUUGGAAAGAGGGAAUGAGAGCCAAAGAAGUAUCUCAUGUAUCUCAUCCAGCACACUAUCUGCAAGAAGUAUCUCAUGUAUCUCAUCCAGCACACUAUCUGCAAGAGUGGACAACUUCAGCAAUGCUAAUCAGAGCAGGAAAUGGGGAAUGGUUCUCCCAUUCCAACCCCUUUCUAUGGCUUUCAAUGAAAUAAAAUAUGCUGUAGACAUGCCACAGGAAAUGAAAGCUCAAGGUAUUCCUGAAGAUCGUUUAGAACUUCUUAAGGGUAUCACCGGUGCUUUCAGGCCAGGAGUCCUAACAGCGCUUAUGGGUAUUAGUGGUGCUGGCAAGACAACUCUUAUGGAUGUUUUGGCUGGAAGAAAAACAGAUGGUUAUAUCAAGGGAAGCAUCUUAAUAUCUGGGUACCCAAAGAACCAAGAAACUUUUGCUCGUAUGUCAGGAUACUGUGAGCAAACAGAUAUUCACUCUCCACAUGUUACAGUCUAUGAGUCAUUGCUUUAUUCUGCUUGGCUUCGACUAUCCCCUGAGGUUAAUUCUCAUACAAGAAAGGUGUUCAUUGAGGAAAUUAUGGAGCUUGUGGAGCUGACCUCUUUAAGAGAAGCACUUGUAGGAUUGCCUGGUGUGAACGGUCUUUCAACUGAGCAGCGCAAGAGGCUGACGAUUGCAGUUGAACUUGUCGCCAACCCAUCUAUAAUUUUCAUGGAUGAGCCAACCUCAGGCCUUGAUGCCAGGGCAGCUGCCAUAGUUAUGAGAACAGUUAGGAACACAGUAGAUACUGGGCGAACUGUGGUGUGCACAAUACACCAGCCAAGCAUUGACAUAUUUGAUGCUUUUGAUGAGUUAAUUUUAUUGCAAAGGGGAGGUGAAGAAAUUUAUGCAGGUCCAAUAGGCCACCAUUCUUGCCAUCUGAUCAAGUAUUUUGAGGACAUUGAGGGAGUUCCUAAGAUCAAGGGUGGUUGCAAUCCUGCAACAUGGAUGCUGGAGAUUACUUCAGCAGCACAGGAAGCUGCUCUUGGGAUUAACUUUGCUGAUAUUUACAAGAACUCAGAACUAUACAGGAAAAACAAAGCUUUGACCAAGGAAAUAAGUACACCUCAAACAGGUUCAAAAGAUCUGUACUUCCCAACUCAAUACUCACAGCCUUUCUUAACCCAGUGUGUGGCUUGUCUAUGGAAGCAGCAUUGGUCAUAUUGGCGAAACCCAUCAUAUACUGCAGUGAAACUCUUGUUCACAACGGUAAUAGCUUUGAUGUUUGGAACUAUAUUCUGGGAUCUGGGAUGCAAAAGAAGAAGGCAACAAGAUAUCUUUAAUGCAAUAGGUUCUAUGUAUGUCGCUCUUCUCUUCAUAGGAGUACAGAAUACUGUAUCUGUGCAGCCAGUUGUGGCUAUAGAGAGAACAGUCUUUUACAGAGAAAGGGCAGCUGGAAUGUACUCUGCAUUGCCAUAUGCCUUUGGACAGGUUAUGAUUGAGCUGCCAUACGUUUUUAUCCAAACUAUCAUAUAUGGGGCCACAGUUUAUGCCAUGAUUGGAUUUGAUUGGACAACAAGCAAGUUCUUUUGGUAUAUCUUCUUCAUGUACUUCACCUUCUUAUACUUCAGUUUCUAUGGGAUGAUGACCACAGCCAUUACACCCAACCACCAAAUUGCUGCUGUAGUUGCAUCUGCUUUCUAUGCAAUAUGGAACCUUUUCUCAGGAUUUAUUAUUCCGUUACCGAGGAUUCCUGUCUGGUGGAAAUGGUACUAUUGGUCUUGCCCGGUAGCUUGGACCUUAUAUGGAUUGGUUUCUUCACAAUAUGGAGACAUAAAGGACACGUUAGACACUGGUGAAAUGGUGGAUCAUUUUUUAAGGAGACAUUUCGGGUUUAGACAUGACUUUGUUGGAAUCGCUGCAGUUGUCGUUGUUGGAAUCUCUGUGCUCUUUGGAUGCAUCUUUGCCUUAUCUAUCAAAUUAUUCAAUUUCCAAAAAAGAUGAGGCCUUUUGUGUAUGUAAAUGUAAAGGAAAUUUUCCACUACCUCAACUUGCAAUGUUGAUUUUGUUCAAGUUGAAAUGUGGUGGAUGUUGAUUUUCCUCUGCCUCACUUUAUUAGUGACUAUUUAGUUA